UUAUUAUUUUUUUCAAUCAAAACACAAUAUGUCACUUCAGGGAUUAUGAUGCAUUUUUAACAAAAUUUAAAUAGUCGAUGAACCGGAAGUAAAACGUUUAAAUUGAACGUUGUCCGUCUUUUGAUGUUCCUGUAUGUAUGGUUCCAUGCGAUCAGGGGCCACUGGCUCCUCCCAUCACCAGAAAAGAUGGAGCCUCGUCUUGGUAUCAUGAAAGCUUUUCCUAAAGUCAAAAGGGCAAAAGUGCUGCAGGGAAAGGAUGCACCCCCACUGAAGAAGACAGCAGAUGACUGUGAUGUCACAGGAAACAUUUUUAAUGGAGUGACGGUAUACCUUCUGCCUGCUGGAAUAGGAAAUGCCAGAUGCCAGAUUUUCCAAAGACAAAUUCAGCAGAAUGGGGGACGAACGGAGAGUUCACUGAGUCCGGGUGUCACUCAUGUUGUUGUGGACGACAACAUGGACAGUGAAAGGGCUCUGCGCUUGCUGAAAGUAGAUUGUAUGCCCUCUGGAGUCCAACUGGUUAAAUGCACCUGGCUGAGCUUGUGCAUUAGUGGGAAACAGCUGCUAGAUAUAGCCAGCUACAGCCUUCUUUCACCCAAAAGUGACUCUGAAACAAAGCAUGAAGAAAUUAAAAAAGAGUCACUAAAUAUCAAACCUGCUGCAGAAACUGUGAUCGAGCCAGUGACUGAUCAAGAGGAGAACACAGAAAUGACAGUCCCAGACAGCAAAGAGGAAGUGCGGGGAGAAGAAGACGCCGUCUCUCAGAGUGAUCUGGAAGCUCUCAUCACUGGCCAGCACCCCAAAGAGGAGACCCCUGGCCCCAGCCUCUCCCUUGGUCCAGAUACUGCUGCUCAGAAGCCAGUAUCGGGGAAGUGGGUCUGUGCCCAGUCCUCUCAGUCCAAAAGUAAUAACUUCAACAAGCACAUCACAGACAAACUUGAAUUGCUGGCCAAGGCCUACACACAUCAGGGAGACAAGUGGAGAGCGCUGGGCUACUCCAAGGCUGUCAACGCACUGAAAAGCUACCAUAAACCCAUUACAUCAUAUCAGGAAGCUUGUCAGAUCCCAGGAAUAGGAAAACGCAUGGCUGACAAAAUUGAAGAGAUUAUGGAGAGUGGUCAUUUGCGGAAGCUUGAUCACAUUGGUGAGGCUGUGCCAGUGCUGGAGCUUUUUGUGAACAUCUGGGGUGCUGGGACUAAGACCGCACAACUGUGGUACCAACAGGGAUUUCGUACUCUGGACGAUAUUCGUACAAAAGCCCACCUGACGAACACUCAGAAAAUAGGACUCAAGCACUACAAUGACUUUCUAGACCGAAUGCCCAGAGAAGAAGCAGGAGCCAUAGAAAAAGUGGUGAGGGAUGCUGCACAAGCCAUCGACCCUGGCCUAGUGGCAAUGGCAUGUGGCUCCUAUCGUCGGGGAAAAGCCACAUGUGGAGAUGUUGAUGUACUUAUAUCUCACCCUGAUGGCAAGUCCCACAGGGGCAUUUUUACUAAAGUCUUACAGACACUCCGUGACAGUGGGUUUUUAACCGAUGACCUGGUGAGCCACGAGGAGAACGGUGAGCAGAAGAAAUACAUGGGUGUGUGCCGUUUGGCGGGGCAUGGCCAACGCCAUCGCAGGCUGGAUAUCAUCAUAGUGCCCUACAAUGAGUUUGCUUGUGCUCUGAUGUAUUUCACUGGGUCGGCACACUUUAACCGCUCAAUGAGAGCCUUGGCAAAGACAAAAAGAAUGAGCUUAUCAGAGCACUCACUGAACAAAGACGUGGUACGUCAAGGUAGCGUGAAGGUGCAUGGUGGCACUCCACUUCCCACACUGACAGAGAAGGAUGUUUUUAGCCUUUUAGGCAUACCCUACAGAGAGCCCCAUGAAAGGGACUGGUGAUGAUUUGACAAUUAGCUUUGGGUUUUAUAGAAAAAUAAUUAUGAUGAUAAGGAAUAAUGAUUAUUAGACUCAAUUCUAAUUAUAUUUUAUAUCUGGAGGAAACCCACACAGGGACUGAGAUCUUGCAAACUGCACAUGGAAAAGUCUCUGUUGGCUGUUGGGUUUGAACCGGGAGUAUUUUUGGUGUGAGGUGACAGUGGUAACUUAAAAGUGUGAAAUUUAAACAACAACGGUGAUCUAAUACUGGCAGAAGAGGUUUUAGAGGCUAGUAAAUUCUGAAAAAAAUGUGGGCUAGGUGCCACUAAGCAAGUGAAUUGACCUUCAGUUCAUGUCAGGAGGAUGUUGAAUGUUUGAAGAAACUUUUUUUUAAAGAUUACAGAUUAUAACGGAAUGUAAUAAAAGAUUACACGACUUGUU